AUGUUACCCUUGCCACCCCCACUGCACCCGGACGAGACCAAGUGGAUUGUCCACGUCGACAAGAGCCUCAAGUGCGUGCCCGCCGACAGGCAACAGUACUGGAAGAGACCGUCCAUCUACAGGGUUCCCGCCUUCAUCACCAACCUCAACUGGAAGGCCUACCAGCCGCAGGUUGUCUCUUUCGGCCCCUACCACUAUGGUGAGAUCCACCUCGGCCAAAUGCAGGAACACAAGCACCGCGUGCUCCUCCACUUCCUCGAGCGGUCGGGGAAGACCCUCAAGCGCUUCCUUAGCUCCUUGAGAAAGGUGGCGCGGGACCUUGAGGAGAUGUACGACACGCUAGACCCGAAGUGGAUGGAGGGCGGAGGGGGCCGGUUCCUGGAGCUGAUGAUGAUGGACGGUUGCUUCAUGCUCGAGAUCAUGAGAACCACGAUAGAGGAGAAGCAUGGCUACUCGCCCAACGACCCCAUCUUCAGCACCUCCAGGCUGGCAUACUUAAAGCCGUACAUAAGACGAGACAUGCUGAUGCUGGAGAAUCAGCUGCCGAUGCUAGUGCUGUAUGAGCUGGUCGCCAUCGAGAGCGAUUACACGAUGGACGACGAAUACGUCAACAAGCUCGUCCUCAAGUUCUGCUCCCCCAGCAUGCGCAUCGCAAGGAUGGGCAUGGGCAAAUGCCUGCAUGUCGUGGACGUCUUCAGGAAGGGCCAGCUGACGGACACCGCGAAGGUCCGGUACGAGCCAGAACAUGUGGAGCUUAAGGCUGCUGUGGAGACUGAGCAGAUAAUCCGAUCGGCCACCGAGCUCAACGUGAUCGGGAUCCAGUUCAAGAAGAGCCGGACCAGCAGUCGCAAGGACAUCUCCUUUGCCAGAGGGGUCCUGAGUCUCCCCGUUUUCAAGGUGACUGACACCACCGAGUCCGAGUUCCUCAACCUCAUGACUUUCGAGCGCUUGUACAUCGAGACUGGGAACGAGAUCACAGCCUACAUCACCUUCAUGGACAACAUCAUCAACGGUGAACAGGAUGUUGCGCUGCUUCAUGCCCAAGGCAUCAUCCAGAAUGGCCUUGGAAGCAACAAGGCGGUCGCCAAGCUAAUCAACUCUCUGUGCAAGGAAGUGCCGCUCACAUCCAACAAAAGCCUUGAUGUCGUGCAAAAGAACAUCAGUAAGUACUGCACGAAGCACUGGCACAGGUGGUGGGCUAAUCUCAUCCACACCUACUUCCAGAGUCCUUGGUCUGUAUUGUCUCUCAUCGCCGCCAUCUUCCUCUUCGCGCUCACUGCAGUGCAGACUGCAUAUACCGUGCUCAGCUACAAUUGA